GGGUUUGCCUGCAGCAAGAUGGCGGCAGCCUCAAUGUCAGUGGCGCUGAAGCAAGUGUUGUGGGAGAGAAGGGCAGCUACUGUAGCUGCCAUUUCCGUUUCCAGGGUUUUCACCAGGUUGUUGAGCACGUCCACAUGGCGAUUGGCACAGGAUCAAACUCGAGACACACAACUCAUCACAGUUGAUGAAAAAUUGGAUAUCACUACUUUAACUGGAGUUCCAGAAGAGCAUAUCAAAACUAGAAAAGUUAGGAUAUUUGUUCCUGCUCGCAAUAACAUGCAAUCUGGAGUAAACAACACAAAGAAAUGGAAGAUGGAGUUUGAUACCAGAGAACGAUGGGAAAAUCCUUUGAUGGGCUGGGCAUCAACGGCUGAUCCUUUGUCCAACAUGGUUCUUACCUUCAGUACUAAAGAAGAUGCAUCUGCCUUUGCAGAAAAAAAUGGAUGGAGCUAUGACAUUGAAGAGAGAAAGGUUCCGAAACCCAAGUCCAAAUCUUAUGGUGCAAACUUUUCUUGGAACAAAAGAACAAGGGUAUCCACAAAAUAGGUUAGCACUGACUGUGUAUCUGUACUUGACUGUGAAUAAAGUCAGCUGUGCAGUAUUUAUAGUCCGUGUAUAAUACAUCUCUUAAUCUCCUAAUAAAUUUGACCUUUAAACUACA